AGGGUUCCAACGAUACAGGAUCGCACCACAGCAAUAUUGCCCCUCGCUCGUUUCUCAUUCAGCGCCCGUACAGCCACCACUCAACCGAGCCAUAUCGAAAGUUCUCAACAUCGCUUCGUGCAGCCUGCAUCGAUCGACGAGGGCUGCACGAACGAUGGGGUCCGCCUCCGCCUCAGUGAUGACGACCAGCCUGCUGGCGCUGGCGCUGGCAGCGCUGGCUUUCGUCUCCAGGGCCGCGGCGCAGGGCAACGGCUGUUCCAGCGUGAUGAUGACCCUGGCCCCGUGCAUGGACUUCAUCUCCAGCAAGGCGUCGGAGCCGGGGAUCUCCUGCUGCUCGGUGCUGGCUGGAGUCGUGCAGACCGACCCCCGCUGCCUCUGCAUGGUCCUGGACGGCACCGCCACGUCCUUCGGCAUCGCCAUCAACCAGACCAGGGCACUGGAGCUCCCCGGCGUCUGCAAGGUCAAGGCGCCGCCGCUCAGCCAGUGCACAGGCGUCCCUGCGGCACCUGCACCGACGCCUCCCGACGAACCAGCAGCGGCAGCGGAGGAAGAAGCCGACACAGCUGCAGAUGCCCCUUCAGCAAAUGGAGCCUCAAGCUCCACAAACUCAAAGAAUGCAGCGAGCUUACUGCUUCUCAUCUGCGCAUUGCUGUAUGCCUUCUAAUAAGUGGUGAUACAACUUCGCUGGCCAUGUCACCGUGCAGGAAUUAGGUCUUUCCCUGAGUCCUGACUAUGUACUUACCCAUGAUUCUCGGCAAAUUUUUUGUAUGGUAUGGUAUGGGUUUCUGAUGUGCCACAUCAAACAACAUUGCUUUUCGCCAAAUGAGAAAGAUCAGUUCUCGCCC